AUGCUCCAGCAGACAUCAUAGUGUUCAAACUGCAGAGCCUAAAUCUCUGAUACAGUAUUUGCAUUGCAUGAAAUUUAGAAAUAAUAUAGAAAGAGAGAUGCGAAUAAUUUUUUGAAAAAAUGAUCCUUAAUCUCAUGAACAAGAAUUUCAUAAAGGUACUUCUUGUGAGUUUUUGGAAAGAAAUAUUCUAAGGUAUUAUAAUAUAUUUAAAAUAGAUAUUUCAACACAUACCAAAUGUCCCAAAAAACCAAUCUAAUUUAUUGAUGGUGGAUUGGACUGA